UCUAUAAGUCGAAAGUCAAGAAAAAUGAGUAAAGAAAACAGCCAAGAAAAAGUAAAAAUUCGAGGUCUGCUCACUUCCCGUAUCGAAAAAAAACCCAGCAUGGAUAUUCCUGCCUAUGGAUUUUUUAGUUUGGAAGGAGAGAUGAAGACGGAUAUUCCCGUAGUUUUUCGGAUUAGAGACCAAGAAGGGCAAUGA